CUAGGGUUUCCACACGCCUCCGCUCCCGCCUCCAUUGCUGUCCCUCACUCCACCUUUUUCCUUUUCUCAUUCUCAUUAUAUAUACUCUCCCGCCUCACUCUCCUCUCUAUUCUCUUCUUCCCCAUUCGACCCAAUUUCGGAAUCGGAAUCAAUCGAACCAGACCCCUGUUUUUCAGUUUUGGCGGCAACCGCCAUUAGAGAACCAGCCGCAACCUCUGCUUCUCGGGGUCUAGGACUUGAAAUUGAAUUGAAAAAGGGGGGAUUCCCGUGGUUUUGCAGACACCCUUUUGAUGGCUUCUCCCGUGGCGGACGAGUUUGACGACGAUUGCGAGUUCUGGCUCCCGCCGCAGUUCCUCGCCGACGACGACUUCAAGAACGGUAUCGGGGAAGAGAAUGCCGGAAGAAAUACGGGUCUCCGGUUCCGUCCACGGUGUCUGUUCGGGUCGGAUCUGGGCUCGCCCGUUGAGUCCCCACCCGAGACAGAGAGCGACGAGGAAGAGUACAUUUUCGGGUUGACCCGGAAAAUGGCGUACGCCACUCUUGAAGACGACGCCACCAAAGAUUUGGGUUUGUCCCGUUCGCCGCAAUCCACGCUGUGGGGGAACCAAAUUCCCAGCCGGGGAAGCACCAACUGUUCCUCCCGUGCCUCCUCCCCGCCGCCGGCGCCGGACAUGACCGGUAAGGAAGACGGCGGCGCUUGGGACCUGCUUCGCGCUGCAGCCGGAGAUGUCGCCAGGAUGAAGAUGAUGGAAGAAUCCGCCGCAGCUGCGGCUUUCGGCGGGAUUUAUCCCAUUGAAAACGAAAUUUGGGCUCCUCCGAGAAAACCCAGUCCGGUCGCCGGUAAUGCGCCGGAAUAUUACAACCCGGCGACGGCAAAUCCUGGUCUCAUGGGCUCCUCCUUCUACCAGCCUCCCCACCUCCCCAGCUUUCAAGAUUACACAAAAUUGGCUCAAUUUCAGAGAUUGACGCCGGAGCAAAUGGGGAAUCAGAGUGGAAACGGAAGGGCGGGUUCGAUUCCGGCGAUGAACAGUCCGAGGCCCAACAUGUCCUCUUGGCCAUCCCUGCAGCAGUCUGUGCAUCAGCCCCGCCGUGGUUCUGGCAUGAGGGCGGUGUUUAUCGGCAAUCCCGGCGGCACUAAGAGGGAGAGUGCCGGAACCGGCGUUUUCCUCCCCAGAACAGGCGGCGCAGCCGCCGAUUCCCGCAAAAAGUCAGUGUGCUCCACAGUUUUACUGCCUGAGAAAGUUGUGCAAGCCCUGAACUUGAAUUUCGAAUCUUUACCCCAUCAGCCUCAAAUUCACCAUCCCAGAUUCACUUAUGAUCAUCAUGUUGGGACAGGGGUGAAAAUCCAAAGGAACAAUGAGAGAGUUUGGCUGCAAGAGAGGCCAAAAACUUCUGCUAGCACAGUAAGCCAGGAGCUGCUGCUACCACAAGAAUGGACUUACUGAGAUUAAUUUUUUUUACUGCAGUAAAAAAGAUAUGAAUGGCGAUUUUGAAGAAUGAAGGCUUCUUUUUUUGGUUAAAUAGGGAAAAAGAAAAAACCAAAUUUAAAGAAUAACUAAUGAAAUAGGUCUUGUAAUCUUUUUGAAGGAAUAAAUUUUGUUGUUGUUGUUGUAAUAAUUAAGAAUGUUUGUUAAGGAUUUGGAAGAUGAAAUGAAGGCUAAGGGGUCAUGUUUUGGUUGAUCUUUUAAGGCUUAUCUUUCUUCUUCAAGUUUUUGCAUUGAGUUCUCCAAGUUUUUGACAUCUUUAUGUAAUAAUUUAUUCUUGUUCUAUGCCACUCUGCAUUUGUAUCUUCUUGCCUCAUAUUUAAGCUUGAGGAAGGUUUUAAUUUGAUACUCUUUCUGUCCCAAAAUAAUUUGUUAAUGGUUGU